UUAAAAUCUGAAAUACGGAGAGAUGCACAGGGCUGGACAAAUGUGAAAAAUGUCUUUUAUGUCCAGAACAUAACCUAAAAAGCCGGAAGUUCUAUUUUACGAAAAAUAUAUACUGCUUAGUACUGAUUGAAAAAUGUCGAGUGGUGUCGAAACCGGCGUAGAGCCUUGCAGUUUUAAAUUCCACGAGUUCAUGACACAAGUCGGCGAAAUAAAGGUCGCGGGUCAUAUUUUGAAAAUGGAAGACAGCCUUUACUUGUGGGUUGGCGAGAAAAGUAAGGAUAUUAUGGACGAUUUUUCGUUGGCUUUUCCCUCGAAAUACGAGUCGCAACCAGUUGUGACGAAAUUGUUGGGACCUGUUGCUGACACGACUUCCAAUAACAUUGCGAAGAGGUUAGCCAAGAAAUUCGGAAAACCGGUUUACGUCAGUUUUAACCUUCAAGCCGACAAUUUGUCUCUCCCGGGAAUCGAAAAAAGUCUGCAUGACGAACUUAAAAAGUGUUUACAUUUGUUGGCCUUUUGAUUAAUGGAAAGGAUUAAUUGUGAAAUUAAAAAGUUGAGUUUGCAGUCUAAAUUUUCACCUAUUA